AUGAAUACGUUUCUAUCCACGUCGACCAAUCGAGACGUUUCAUUAGUCUUUUCAGGAUUAUGUGCUCAACGGCCUCAACUUGAAUUGAUUCUUUUCGAAGUUGACAUUCAAACUGGCACAUGCUCAUCGCCAUUUGCCGACAUUACGAAAUAUAGUUGGAAUAAGGAUGAAAACGAAGUUCUUCUUGCAUUAGGGAGUAUUUUUCGAGUUGACUCUGUUAUACGAGGCGAACCUGUUUGGAUUAUAAAAUUAACACUCAUUAAUCAAAAUUUACCUGAAAUCAAUCAUGUUCAGGAUUUCGAACCAUAUUCUCUGAAUGUCCGCUAUCCAAUCUCUGAAAUUUAUGCUAAUUGUUUAUUUCAUAUGGGAAACAUAAAUCAAGCAGUUCAACUUUCUGAACGUAUUAUUCGAGCAAAUCCGCCAGUCAAAAAUCUGCUAUCCGAUCAUCCCUUUAUAGCUGAUUGCUAUGAACUUUUGGGUAUCAUCUAUCGAUAUGAUGGUGAAAUCGCUGAAGCUUCUAAAUUAAUGGAAAUAGCUAUUGAACAACGCUUAAAAGAAGAACCGGUGAAUCAAAUUAAACUUGAGUAUUCAUAUCUGAACCUUGGUGAACUUUGGGCUGAAACAUAUCACCACAGAGAGGCACUAAAUUACUAUCGUAAAGCUGAAAAAAAUAUGGCGUCAGCAUUUGCCGAAAGUUGA